AUGAUGUUCUUUAGCUUCAGCCGUUUCUUCGUCCUCUUACCCCUUUUGUCGUGCCUUGUGAAUGCUCUCACAGAUUGCCGACCGUCUCUUCCACUUCCCUAUCGAGUUCUCCAUCAAUUCCCAGACCCUACAUACCUGCAAAGUCUCUAUGUCCGCUCCAAUGGAGAUAUCCUCGUAACUACCGCCUGGCCAAAUGGGACAAUAUACUAUGUCUCAGGACCCACGACCAAGUCACCCAAAGUCACUGAGGUCUACCAGUUCGACUCUAAGAUCGCAAACGUUGCCACCAGCAUUAUAGAAACACGGCCAGACGUCUACGCCUUUUACGCAGGCAAGCAAGUCCACCUGGGAAUCGGUAUCAACGGUACUUUUGGUGUCUGGGAGCUCGAUCUUCGUCCUACUCGUCGUCGAUUUAACCCCGGAAAGGCGAUCGUUAAGGAGCUUGUCCAUAUUCCUUACGGUGGUCUCUUGUCUGGAUUGGAGGUCAUCCCAGAUAAACCCAGCACCCUUUUAGUUGCCGACUCGACAGUUGGGGUGAUAUGGCAUGUAGAUACCAUUGCUCGCAAGUACAAGCUUGGAAUCGAAGAUCCAACGAUGCGUGGUCCUGCAUGGGCACCUACACAGUUCGGAAUCGAUGGCCUUCAGUACCACAAGGGAUACCUAUACUGGACCAACAGCUUUGAAGCGAGGGUGUACCGUAUUCGCACGACACGGCAAGGUUUUGCCGCUCCCGGAGCGAAGGGUGAGCUUGUUAAGGAGGUCCGCUCAUUCUUCCUUGACAACUUCACAUUUGGUCCACGGAAUGACGACACGAUGUGGAUUGCGACCAAUGCAGAUAACCGCUUGAUCACAGUUUCACCCGAUGGCAAUGUCACCGCAGUUUUGGGGGAGCCAGACGAAUUAACGAUGUCUGGUGUGGUCCAGCCAGCUUUCGGCAAGCUUCCUGGUGACACAAAUACUCUGUAUGCCAUAACUUCUGGGGCGUUCAACUUCCCGAUCAACGGAACGGUAACGGAAGGCGGAAAGAUCGUUGCAAUUGAUACAAGAGGUUACUGUUAG